AUGAACUCCUGGGCUGCCGAGGGCAUUUUUGACUGUAACUUCCUUUGCAUUUGUGUGCUGGGAGACCGCUCUGCGUAUGGCUUGUGCAAGGAGAUGAGCAAUCAGAUGAAGCUUACGCACUGUGUUAAUGGCUUCGUGGAGUCAGCUCGAGACAUGCCCACGUACGGGCAGCUGGGCUGUCAGGGUUUCAUUAUCCUGGACAAGGAGCACAAGGUCGUCUCUGAGGGUACAUCUCCCUUUAUGCAGGUCCGUGCGUUGGCGUUCCAGCACGUGGAGGCGUUGCUGAACUCUGUGUGCAAGAACCUGCCUCUGCCAGACCUCUGUCCUGGCGAAGAAGUGCAACUGGUCAAAGCACCAGCGGGACUGGAAAAACUCCAAGGCUACAGGGGGAUUUGUACGCGAGCAGAGGGUGACAAGGUCGACUUUGGCUUUAUGGAUGGGCCGCUGCAGGGAAAAGUGAUUGCCGUUCCACGCUCGUCAGUUGAGCGUUUGGAGCCCAUGGACGAGGAGAGCAUGCAGACUUGCAGCAGCGGCACCUGCGGCCAAGGUUGCAGCACGAGCGCCAGCAAGGCCUGCCAACAGGCGGAGGACUGUGGCAGCUGCAACGGAGGCACCUGCAAACCAGGAAUGGGCUGCGAAGCUGGCUACAACAACGCAGGCACCGAAUGCGAUCCAAGCAACUGCGAUCGGGCCGAGUGCAAGAUUGACCCGUCCUUUGUCAGUCAAGCUCUGGACCUGAUUAGCGUGAAGGUGGCAUCCAUGGACUCUGAGCAUGAAGAGUGCGCCGUGGCCUUGCGACGCCUUGUUGAGACAAGGUCCCGAGAGGUGCUCGAGGAGGUUCUUAGAUGCUUGUCGGACCAUUUCGCUCACGAGGAAGCUUUGUUCGAGGAGCACGGCUUUGGAGUGCACGCGAAUGAGAAGUUGUCUGCGAAGACGAGCCACGCCAACGAGCAUCGGCGGCUGCUCGACAAGGUUCGCAAGCAGCUCUCUCGUGGUCCAUCUGUUCCAGCCCCUUUUGUGCGAGAGCUUCUGCAGGAAUUCCACGAACACACGACGCUGUAUGACGUGCAGUAUGCAGACUUCUUGGCGAGCAAAGGUGCCAAAUAG